ACCAUUUGCCAUUCCUGCGGAGGGCUUAUGAAAUAGGAAUAGGAGAAGGACUGGAAGCUAUUAAAUAAGGCUUGGGAGCUGACUCUAGUUCUGUGAAUGCCUAUUUCUCACCCUGAUCUGCUUUUUAUGCUCUGUGAGGGCGAGCAAAGGGGUCUAGACCAAGUUUGUCUUCUCCCCCAUUCAAGCGCAGUUAGUGGUAUCGUUCAUUUAGUCGGUGUCAGGCGCCUUGGGUUGAAGAACCCCUCGCCUAGAAAGGGGGCGCAUGCGCGAGGAAGGGACCAGUCACUCCAAGGGAUACUCUUCGCUUUAUAGUGGUGUGGCCAGCCUCCACCGGGACUAGCAGCUUGGCGCAAAGGGAGCCCGGCGGGUGAGUCGUGAUGAAUGCCAUCGUCGUCCUGUGCCACUUCUGCGAGCUGCAUGGCCCUCGCACCCUCUUUUGCACAGAAGUCUUGCACGCGCCCCUCCCUCAAGGUGCAGGAAGUGGGGACAGGCCGGGGCAAAGCGAACAGGCGGAAGAGGAGGAAGGAGGCAUUCAGAUGAGCAGCCGGAUCCACUCGCACAGCCCGGCGGAAGGCGCCAGCGCAGACUCCAGCAGCCCGGGGCCGAAGAAAUCGGAUAUGUGUGAGGGGUGCCGCUCUCUUCCCGCAGGACACCCGGGCUACGUCAGCCACGACAAAGAGACUUCAAUCAAGUACGUCAGCCAUCAGCACCCAAACCAUCCCCAGCUCUUCAGCAUCGUGCGCCAGGCCUGUGUCCGUAGCCUCAGCUGUGAGGUUUGUCCGGGACGCGAAGGCCCCAUCUUCUUUGGUGACGAGCAGCACGGCUUUGUCUUCAGCCACACCUUCUUCAUCAAGGACAGCCUGGCGCGCGGCUUCCAGCGCUGGUACAGCAUCAUCACCAUCAUGAUGGACCGCAUCUACCUCAUCAACUCCUGGCCGUUCCUCCUGGGGAAGAUCCGAGGGAUUAUCGACGAGCUGCAGGGGAAAGCGCUGAAGGUUUUCGAAGCAGAGCAGUAUGGCUGUCCACAGCGUGCCCAGCGCAUGAAUACGGCGUUUACACCUUUUCUGCACCAGAGGAAUGGAAACGCAGCGCGUUCUUUAACCUCUCUAACCAAUGAUGAGAACUUGUGGGCCUGCCUGCAUACUUCCUUUGCAUGGCUCCUGAAGGCCUGUGGUAGCCGACUCACGGAGAAACUGCUGGAAGGAGCCCCCACUGAGGACACUCUGGUUCAGAUGGAAAAACUGGCAGAUCUUGAGGAAGAAUCGGAAAGCUGGGAUAAUUCAGAGGAAGAAGAGGACAAACCUCCAAGCCAGGCAGAUGGCCGAGAAGGCGGUGAGCUAACCAAGAGCCCAACAGACUCAACUCUUCUGUCGGACUGUGGUAGCUGGAAUGUAGCAUCCCGAAGUCAAUCUGUCUUCCGGUCCCUCCGGCACCUGAGACAGAUCUUGGGGCCGUCGUCUUUCCGCAUGUUGGCGUGGCACGUGCUGAUGGGAAAUCAGGUCAUCUGGAAAGCGUGUGACCGAGACCUUGUCCAGUCUGCUUUUGAUGUCUUACGGACCAUGCUGCCCAUUGGCUGUGUCCGGAUCAUCCCCUACAGUGACAAGUACGAGGAGGCUUAUCGAUGUAACUUCCUGGGCCUCAGCCCCCACGUGCACAUCCCAGCCCACAUCCUGUCUUCAGAAUUCACUGUCCUUGUGGAAGUCCGCUCUGCCACCCGGUCCAGCCUCUAUCCCGUCUUGUUUGAUGAUGAUCAACCUCUUGGCAAAUAUGAAUUUGUGGUCACUAGUGGGAGUCCUGUGGCAGCAGACAGAGUUGGCCCCACCAUCUUGAACAAGAUUGAGGCUGCGCUGAUGAACCAGAACCUCUCGGUGGAUGUGGUGGACCAGUGCCUUGUUUGCCUUAAGGAGGAGUGGAUGAAUAAAGUGAAGGUCCUCUUUAAGUUUACCAAAGUGGACAGCAGGCCCAAAGAAGACACCCAGAAGCUGCUGAGCAUCUUGGGAGCUGCCGAAGAAGAUAACGUGAAGCUCCUUAAGUUCUGGAUGACUGGGCUGAGCAAGACGUACAAGUCGCACCUGAUGUCAACUGUCCGCAGCCCGACCUCUUCAGAGUCUCGAAACUAGUCUGGAGUUCCUCACUUGUAUUUGGGAAGUCACUUGCAAGUGCCUUUCCAGAUCAUGCUCUGUGGCGAACAUCGGCACCCUUGCAACUGAGGAGCACCCUAAAAACUGAUGAGUUUCUACGACCAAGUGCCAGGGGAAAUGGAAUCCUGUUGGGUGUGGGGUGCCGUUCAUAAGCUAAAACUCACUACUGUGUAUAUGAGAGGCUAGAUUUUGUCCACCAUUAUGUUGACCUGCUCUUGGUUGGGAGCUCCAGUCCCUCUCUCGAUGGGCAUCUCUUUCAUUGGCAAGAAAAGACUAUCUAGAAGUGUACAUUUGUGCCCUUGAAGUGGGGACACUAUCUACUUUUUUACAGUGUGCUCUUUAGUGAAACCUGAAGGCGCAUUGAGGCUUCUGGUUCCUUUUCUUCUACCACUACCAUGGAGGAAUGGAAUGUUUAUCACCAGAUGACUGGAGGUCCUCUUCAAAGUUCAACACUGGUGUGUGCUCUUGAUAUUCCCAUGUUAAGGGGGAGCCUGUCAAUCACAGACUGAAGGCGUCCUAUGAAUUUCUCCCUAAGUUAGUCUAGCGACAGGUUAACAUUAUUUAUGAAAUGCCAUGUUUGGGGUAUUAGACUUCCUACAGAAUCUAUGCUGCUAAAAGCAGAACUGGGGAGAUGUUGUUUAUAUUGAAACUAAUCAUGUUUAUUUGUAUGGGAGAGAGCCAAUACUUAAUACUGUACAGGCCAGUAUUCUUUGAUUGGGCUGUGUAGUUAUGCUCUGAUUUGCUUUCUAAUAUCUAUUGGGCUUCUCAUUUAAAAAAAAAAAAGUUUUCAGCCUCUUUAAAAUGCAGAUCUUUUUGUCAGGGGCAAACAGAAAGGAAGCAAAACAGGGUUUAAAAAUGUAUUUACAUCUUAUAUCAAGUAUUGAUCUCAUGGCUAGGUCUUGCUUCUAAAUUGCUUCUGUGUUUAAGAGCCUAUUUAUACAGAUGUAAUGUGCGUUGAGGCAUAACUCAACCAGCGUCUUUGUUUGUUCAUUCAGUGGAAGAGAAUUUUAAACAGAUGCUUUACUCUCCCCCUGAAAUGAAUGGGACUUUUAGUGUUUUAACAUUGGCUGGAUUCUGCCCUUAGAUUGUGUGCUACAGCUGAGGGCUGUGUUUGUUUUAGAAUCUUUCACUUCACAAGUUUCACUUAAGAGGUUUUCAGCAGGGUGUGCUGCUGCUGUGACAUUUGCAUGUGGAAAUCUUGGUAUUAACACGUUAAGGAAACAUUUCUGGGGCAAUGGAAAUUUGCAAUAAUGAUAGUUUCCUUUUGAAACCUGUUCUAGAACCUGUGCAAAUGCUUAUUUUUCUUCUGGUGCCUGGUAAGUUCCACUUGUUCUGUACAUUUUCUAAUUAUUUAACUAAGGAUGAACUGUACAAAUGCUCUUGCUUGUCAUGCAGGGGGUGGGUGGGGGGCUAAGAUUUUAAAUUGGAAGAUACAAAUGGGAAUUUUUAAAAAGAUGUUGAGCUGGAGUUAUUAAUUUCCUGCUUUGUGGUAAUUUAUUAACGUUUUUAUCCUUGUAUGUGUGGUUAGAGUUUUUAAUAUAUCUGUAUUUGUCUACAGUGCAGGAAGAUUUCCCUAAGAGAAAUAAUAGGUUUUAGGGGGCUCAUGUUGAAGUUUUUGUUGAUAUUGAUUGUACGGGGGCUCAUGUUGAAGUUUUUGUUGAUAUUGAUUGUACAAGGUAUGCUUGAACUGUAGCACAUAAAAUACAAAUAAAUUUUUAAUUAAU